UCUACCUGCGCCAUCCCCGCCGCGUGUGUCUAUCAAUCUGAUUGGAAACCGUAAAAAACUCGUUUGUUUGAUCGAACGUGUUCGGAGUUGCUAUGACGAUAAACAGUUUUGUCAUUUUGUGAAGUUUGCUUUCAAUAAGUUUUUUGAGGCUUGGGAAAAUUAUUUUGUUUAAUUCUAAAAUCGUUUUAUAAAUAUGGGGGAAGCACAAUUCGGUAUACGGAACUUCAUCGGAGCACCCGUAGCCACGACUAGACUAUCAGAGCAGGCGCUAGUAUGUAUGCCGCCGAGAUGUGCCAAGUUUACAUUCGAGGAGUGGAAAAGAAGUAACGAGCAGCGAUGCAGAAAUACAGAGGAUCAGCAGCAGCUCGCCGAUCGCGUUCUCGGCGAAUGCGAGAGACUCCGGGAGGAGACCGCAGAGCGUACGGCUAUAAUGAAAGCGACAACCGAUAGGCGCAUCGAAGAAAGAAUAGGUGAUGUCGAAUUCAACAAAAACGAGCUGCAACGACAGAGAAAAGAAAUCUGCUUAGAACUCGAAGCUUUGGGCGUUUAUAAGACUCGUUUGCAAGAUUGUCUGGCAUCUUUGAAGGCGAAUGCUCUGGCUAUAUGUCGAAAAUGUUUGAUGUUGCGAGACGGACGUCUUGGAAUAGAUUUAGUUGUCGACGAUGUAGAAGAUGCUUUGCAACGUGAGAUUACUGUCAUACUUGGAGCGCAGAGUCUCCUCAAUCGCGCACUGGAACAGUUAAACGAGCAAAUGAGAAGAUUGCGUUCCUGCCGAUACCUUCUGGAUCGUGAUCUUCAGUACAAGCAGUCCGCCAUCGAUAUAGACAAAAACUGUUUGUCGCUCAAACCUACAGACCUAUGUUUGUCAAUAUACGAGGGAUUUUCUAACCUGGACCCAGCUAAUAUUUCAGCGUACGAGUACAAUGCAUAUUCUGCUAAAAAUAUUCAAGCGGCCGGCAGAGAGGUGACUAGCGCUCGACCCAUCCGAGUUUAUAUUGACACCCUCCUGAAACAAGUUAUCGAUGAUCUCUGGGACGCGUACAACAAAUGCAAUCACGCAUUUAAUGUUCGCAUAGAACAGACGAAGAUAGCCAAAGGAAACUUAGAGGAUAUGCACCGAGAGACUAGCAGGAAAAUUUCUGAGAUGCAAAACAAUAUACUUGAGUUGCAAAAGGCUUUGGCGGCUAAGGAGGGAAAUAUAGGACUAGCGCAUACGAGGCUCGGAAGACGGGCUCAGAGGGUAGAGGCAGAGUUAGUUCGGGACCCUCCAGGGCAGGCUCUGUACUACGAAUGUGAGAUGCUACGUCACAGUACCAAGCAGCUGCAGCAAAUGCUUCACGAGGCCAAUGCGUCCCUACGCUACUUGCUACAAACCCAGAUACAACUUGAAGAAGACAUCAAUAUUAAGAUGAAUACGUUGAAAAUUGACGAAGUGGACUGUAUGACUUUGAGAGCUACUAUGGACUAUCACGCAUACUAAAUACUAUAGAGUCUAGACAAUGUUUCUAAAUAAUAUAUUGUUAAGAAGUUUAUUGUCAUGUCGAAAAAUAUGUAUUCAAUUAUAAUAAAUGGUACUUUACAAUGC